CAAAUUCUUAUCGGAACAAUCCCAUUGAAUCAACCUCAUUUCCAAAUAACAACUUGUGCCCUGACAAACCGCAAAUGACCAUGGUGGGCAAUUGGAAAACUAGAUUAUUAUUUUACAGCAUUACCCUGGGAAGUUCUCUUUUAAUCUUAAAACAUUGGUUCCUCUACAGCAAAAUUCCAUUGAGAAAGAUGUCCAAUCAGCGAAUGUCUCCAAAAUUAUUCUUCAACAGCGAGCCACAGACAAGAAGAAGUAGAAACGAUUUGAAACUCGUUCUGUUCUACACGACUUUAUUCGGUGAACGACCGUGGCAAGGUCUGAUCAACGAUUACAAUUUCACGAACUGGAACGGAAUACCUUGUGGUGUGCAGGCAUGCAGAAUCUCUUACAAUCGGAAAGACCUUGACCGGAGUGAUGCAGUGAUAUUCCACGGACGGGAUUUACCGAGUGUUCAUCACAUGAAACGCAUAAUGAAGUAUAAAACUCCACAUCAAAGAUGGGUUUAUUUCAUACACGAAAGCCCAAAAUUUACUUAUUACGAACCAUGGCUGUAUAACGGGUUCUUCAACUGGACAAUGUCCUAUCGGAGGGAUUCGGAUUUCUUCGUGCCUUACCGAACGUACACCCGACUUCAGCCCGACGAGAUUGCAAACGAGGAAACCCAGGAUAGAAAUUAUGCUCUAAGCAAAGAUAGACUUGUGGUUUGGGUCGUGAGUAACUGCCAUGGUUUGCGAGAAGAGUUCGUCAAAAAAUUAAUGAAGUACGUCAAAGUGGAUGUGUAUGGACGAUGUUCAAGGAGAUUUAACCAAACUGAAACGUGUCCGAGACAAUCUUCCGCUUGUGAAGAUACCUUAAAACGCUACAAAUUCAUUCUUUCAUUUGAAAAUUCAUACUGCUCGGAUUACGUAACAGAAAAGUAUUGGUACACCCCAUUGGACCGCGAUAUUGUGCCGGUGGUUUUUGGUGGCGCUUCCUACGACCAGAAAAUCGCUAUACCGGGCUCUUUUAUCAACGUUUUGGAUUUCCCGUCGAUUAAAACUCUAGCCGAUUAUUUACUAUUCCUGGACAGAAACGACAAAGCUUACAACGGGUAUUUUUCGUGGCGAAAACGCUUUAAACCGGUUCUUCCCGAAUCAUGGACUUGUCAUAUGUGCGCUGCACUCAACAACAAUUCAAUACCGUCCAAGAUUCAAAACAAUCUGGAGGAAUUUUGGGGAGAAAGAAGCAACUGUGCAACCAACGAAAGAAGGAUAAGGAAAUUAGUAGAAAAAAUGGACUGAAAUGCUAUUUGAGACAAUGUGGUAGAAUUAGUAUUUUUUUCUUUUAGAAAAUUACUUUUGAAAUAUUUGCGAGGAGAAAGAGACACUCAGCGUGACUAGGGCAAGUCCUCAAUCACACGAGUCGUCAAUCACGCGUAAGAGACAGCCGCGCGUGUUUCGAGAACUAAACGCGUGUCGAGAGAGUGUCUAAAUAGAUACACACUUUUUAAAACAACACACUUUUCGCGACAACAGCAACUUGAACUCUCGAGGUACUCGCAAGGGUCGAGAUAGCUGCGCUUCCCGAGAUAUUCGUGCGCGUCGCGACAGCAGCAGCAGUGAGUUCUUUGCUGGGCCUAGUCGAAUGGAGUCAACUUAUUUUAACCAUUCCUUGUAAUAUGCUGAUAUUUUCGAUUUCCUCGAUAACUUAAUACACUGCUAACCUGUAGAUGAAGUUUUUCUUAACAAUAAACGCUGCCAAUACAGUUAAGUAA